AUGAUUUAUAGAAGACUCGUUCUCCGCGUUCCGCGCCUCUCCCGAGGAUUCUCGGACGCGAAGUCGACGGAAGAGCGCGUACAAGCCGAGCUACUUUACCAGCGCCGCGUCAGCAGGUGGAUAUUCCGGGGGAUGUGCGUCGCAGCGGCGGCCACCGGAACCGUGGUAUGCCUGCGCAACCCGGAAUCUUCCAUAUACAACGUUGUUAUGCCCUUCAUCAGGACUUACAUCGACCCGGAGAACGCCCAUAAACUGAGUUUGAUGGCUCUGAAGCUUGGGCUGGCGCCAGUGGACUACUCCGUUGACCCACCGAUCAUCCAGAGCCGUGUGAAGGAUGUUGUCUUCUUCAAUCCCAUCGGAAUGGCUGCCGGGUAUGACAAGCAAGUCGAGGUACCACUAGAGGUGCUGCGCCUAGGAUUCGGGUUCAUUGAGGUUGGUACGGUGCUGCCGAAACCUCAAGAAGGCAAUCCCAAGCCCGUAUUGUUCCGCCUGCACGGUAGCAAGGCGCUGGUGAACCGCUGUGGUUUCAACAGUUGCGGGCUCGAGGUGGCCGUGGAACGCCUGAAGCGCGUGCGCCAGAAGCAGGCGGACGAUCCCCUCACGAAGGAUUUCAUGAUCGGAGUUAGCGUGGGCAAAAACCGGACAGGAGAUAUCAUCGCGGACACCGUGGAAACGAUAAAGGGUGUUGCGCCGUAUGCAGACUACGUAGCGCUGAACGUCAGCUCGCCUAACACGCCCAACCUGCGCGACAACCAGCGACGUGAACCGCUCAUAGCACUCAUUGCCGUCGCCAAAGCCACAUUAGACGACGUGAAGGCGCAUAACGCAACCUUCCAAAACACAACGAAGAAGGUGCCUUUACUCUUCAUCAAGAUCUCGCCCGACGUCUCCCGGAAGGAGCUUGAGGACAUCGCCGAUAUCGCACUUGUACACAACAUCGAUGGUAUAAUUGCAACCAACACGACGGUGUCGAGGCCGGACGAGGUCACUGAGGAUUGCAAAAUUGCAGGCCACCCGGCUGGUGGCCUCAGCGGCAGACCCCUCAAAAAGCUUUCCAAAAAGUUGGUGUACGACCUGUACGAGCUGACACACGGCAAAGUGCCCAUUAUCGCUGACGCUCUGGAAAUGGUGGAGGCCGGAGCUUCGCUCUGCCAGUUCUACACCGCGAUGGUGUACGAGGGACCGGGGUUGCCCAGCCGCAUCAAGAACGGACUGGCACAGCUUCUGCUGCAGAAGGGCUAUUCGAACAUAACUGAGGCCAUUGGCGCCGAACACCGCCGUCGGCAAGCCGCAACCGCCGCCCCUGCUCCAGCAACGACCAAGACCCAGUAA